AUGUGGAAGGAAAGCAGCACCCCUCCCCCGCAGUGGUCUGUCGGAUCCACGUUCACGGUGGCUGAGCAGAGUGGAGCGGGACCCAGCGGAGGAGCAGGGCCCGCGGGGAGCACUUGGUACGCCAUCAGCUCUGCACUGGCCAACCCCCGCAUCCAGCCAGCUCAGCCCAAACACACACGCACGGACGAUCAAAACAACGCCAAACAAACACACACUGGACACACUGAGGAGAGAGAGGAGAGAGAGGGGAGGGAGGGAGUGUGGUGA